ACACAGAUCAACAAAACAGACUUUUAUUUCUUCUUUUUAGUUGCUCAUCAAUGGCAAUUACUUUCAUAUCAAUAGCUCUAUUCAUAGUCACCCAAUUAUGCUUCGUUUCUUGCGUGCUAAGUCAACAAAACGAAACCAAAUUUCUCUACCACGGAUUUUUCGAAGCCAAUCUACUCAAGUAUGGAUCCUCCAAGAUCCUCCCUAGUGGCAUCUUGGAGCUAACAAACAGCUCACGAAGACAAAUGGGUCAAGCCUUCUAUGGCUUCCCCAUAGCCUUCAAAAACAGUACUAACUCAUCAAACUCGUUUUCUUUCUCCACAAGUUUCGUUUUCUCAAUCGACGCACCAGGUCAUGGCCUAACCUUCCUCAUCUCGCCGUCCAUGGAUUUCACGCAAGCCAUGCCGAGCCAGUAUCUCGGUCUCUUCAACACUACAAACAAUGGAAACUCCACUAACCGAAUUCUCGCGGUAGAAUUUGACACAGUAAAGUCCAACGAGUUUCUUGACAUCGACGAUAACCAUGUAGGCAUCGAUGUGAACGGUUUGGUCUCCGUUGAAUCUGCACCAGCUGCAUUUUUUUCCAACAAGCAAAGCAAGAAUAUAAGCUUGAAGUUAUCGAGCAAAGACCCAAUUCGGGCUUGGAUCGAAUACAAUGGAGUAGAAAGGCUUCUCAAUGUCACAUUGGCUACCCUUGACACUUCUAAGCCUAACUUUCCUCUUUUGUCAAGACAGAUGAAUCUUUCUGAGAUUUUCAUGGAGAAAAUGUAUGUAGGAUUCUCGGCAUCCACAGGAAACAUUACGAGUAAUCAUGAUGUUCUUGGAUGGAGCUUUAGCAGAGAAGGAAAACCACAAGACUUUGAUCUUAAACUACUUCCUUCGCUUUCAACCCCGUCGCCAUCUGACUUUGAUGACCUUGAUCCCAUUCCAGAUCCUCCUUCAGAUUCAGCAACCGUAAAGCCUAAUCACACCAAGACGAUGAUCAUAAUCUGCACACUUGCAAUAAUGAUCUUUAUGAUAUGA